AUGGCCGACAAUGCAAGCCAGAUAAGUAGAAUUAGCGAUAACUAUAUUGCUGAAAAAGUUUCUGCAACUGUCCAUGGAGAAUAUUCCAAACUGAGACCUUCCUCGAAGCCUGUCAUCAAAUCAAAUUCAGUACCUGAAUGGACGGUGCUGGCUGGUAUAAUAGCUAUUAACAAUGAAACAGGCGAGUUUGAGACCAUUGCAAUCACAACAGGUGUGAAAGCUACUCCUGAUGCUGACUUAGAUAGAUCACAAGGUAAAAUAAUACACGAUUGCCAUGCAGAGAUCCUUGCUCUACGAUGUUUCAAUAUUUUCCUUCUCGAUACUAUCAAUAGAAUCUCUAAUCAUGAUGGAACUUCCAAGUUCGUACAAGUAACGAAGACUAACUCAUAUGAGUGGAAUAAAAAAUGGGAUUUAGCUUUGUACAUUUCAAAACUUCCUUGUGGGGACGCCAGCAUGGAUGACUUAAUGAAGGUGGGUGAUACAGCUGAAUUCGAAAUUACAGACGAUAAUCCAUUGCAAUAUAUUGACCCUAAAAACAAGACUACAAUUAGAGGUAGAUUAAAUUACAAGAAACGAGAUGUGAUACGAACAAAACCAGGCAGAUAUGAUUCAAAAAUAACAUUGUCGAAGUCAUGUACAGAUAAAUUAUGCAUGAAACAAGUAAUGGGUAUCCUGGAUUCAACUUGUUCUCUGCUCAUGAAGGAUCCUAUAUUCUUACAGUAUAUUAUUAUACCACGAAUAUCUGGCAAGGAAUCCAUUCUCAAACAUGCAUUUAUAGAUCGUCUUAGAGGGGGGAACUUUCCAGUUCAAGAGUUCAAGUUUAUUUCUUGUGAAAACCACUUUAUUGAUGACAACCACGAUACAACGAUUGUCAGAGAACCUGCAUUGGUGAACAGCAUAAAAAUAUUCAUGGAUAAUAAUAGAGUGAUGGAGCAAAGUAUUAUAAAUGGGGUCAAAAAUGGAUUUUAUUCAAAACCUAAAAAGCCACUGAGAAAGAAUUGCGAACCCAUUAUAAGCAGAUACUCUAAAUGGAAUCUGUUAAAGCAGAUAGAAUUUAAUAGGGCAGAAUUAUUAAAUGUAUCCUACUUAGAAUUUAAAAGCACUUUGACGAAGAGAAUGACUCUACAGCAAGAGGUCAGGAGUUUACUGUCACCUGAUGGGUGGAUAACUACAAAGAAGGACGAUUGUUAA